GGCUUGAACUCCAGGAGCAUCCUAGGUUGAUGUCAGGUGGUCGCUGGCAGGAUACCUGCCGGCUGAGAUUUAGACGCCACCUCUGCAGCUACUUCCUGGUUGGUUGCCCGUAUCUGACAUGGCGGCUAGUUGCCUUCGGCCGGGCCCACUGCGGCUGCUCAGAAACCCGAGGCCGGGCGAUCAGGUCUACCGCUGCUUCCCCGCCGCCGAGCUGCCGGGGAAGCCCCAGCUGGGCAGCUGGGGGUGCAGGGGGUAAAGGGGCAAGCCAAGGAAGACGAGGCCCCAGCGCUGUGCCGCUGGGUGCCCACCCCUCGUCUCCCAAUACCAAGGCUGCUCGAGCCCAGCGUGUUUUUUUCUUGUCCCCGCCACCUCCCAGUCCCUGGCCCAACAUGAUACUGACCAAAGCCCAGUACGACGAGAUAGCCCAGUGCCUAGUGUCUGUGCCGCCUACCAGGCAGAGCCUGAGGAAGCUGAAGCAGAGGUUCCCCAGUCAAUCGCAGGCCACUCUGCUGAGCAUCUUCUCCCAGGAGUACCAGAAACAUAUUAAAAGAACACAUGCCAAGCAUCAUACUUCAGAAGCGAUUGAAAGUUAUUACCAGAGGUACCUGAAUGGAGUGGGGAAAAAUGGAGCUGCCCCAGUGCUCUUGGAGCUGGCCAAUGAGGUAGACUAUGCACCCUCAUUAAUGGCUCGGAUUAUCCUGGAGAGGUUUCUGCAGGAACACGAGGAAACUCCACCCUCCAAGUCUGUUAUAAAUAGUAUGCUGCGGGACCCUUCUCAGAUUCCAGAUGGAGUUCUAGCAAAUCAGGUCUAUCAGUGUGUGGUGAAUGACUGCUGCUAUGGACCACUGGUGGACUGCAUCAAACAUGCCAUUGGUCAUGAGCACGAAGUCCUGCUGAGAGACUUGCUUCUAGAGAAAAACCUGUCCUUCCUAGAUGAAGAUCAGCUCCGUGCAAAGGGUUAUGACAAAACGCCAGACUUUAUCUUACAAGUACCAGUGGCUGUAGAAGGGCACAUAAUUCACUGGAUUGAAAGCAAAGCCUCAUUUGGUGAUGAAUGUAGCCACCACGCCUACCUGCAUGACCAGUUCUGGAGCUACUGGAAUAGGUUUGGGCCAGGCUUAGUCAUCUACUGGUACGGAUUUAUCCAGGAGCUGGACUGUAACCGCGACAGGGGCAUCCUGCUCAAAGCCUGUUUCCCCACGGACAUUGUCACCUUAUGCCAUGGCGUAGCUUGACCCUGAUGAUCCUGGAAGAGAAGCUGGGCGGAAAAGGUGAAUCCGGAAGCAAUUUUACUUUCCUGCCGCGUAAACUCCUGGCAACAUCUGCCUUGAACUUCGGCUGAACUCUUGCAGCCCGUGCUCACACCACUGCCUCUUUAGACAAACAUAUCAAGAGUUUCUGUUUUCCUUCAUCCCUUGCUGAUGCGGACAGCCAAGAACUACAGACACAACCCACUCAUUAUCAGCAUUUCUGUCUCUGUCAAACAGUUAGUUUAUAGAUAGUCAUAAUCUUUCUUCCUUCCGGAUGGUUUCUCCUUGUAUACUGAACAAAAGAAAAAAUGUGGAGACUGAAAGGUGUGAUUUUUCAAUUCUCCUGCCAGUUACCGAAUCACCUUCUUCUUUUCUUUCUAAGCCUCCAUUCAUUCUCUCUCCCUCCCCCAUUCUCUUCAUGUGCACUCACAGACACCCAGUGUUACGUUACCGUCAUGGAAUAAUCUAGCACAAUCCCAGCAAAGCUGAAGACGUGAAGGCUGAACCUGAAUUUUCUCUCUCACCUGCAGGGCUCCAAGGAGACCCCAAUGGUGGCCUGUGCUGCCUGCUAGUUUUGUCCAGUCUUUACGGCUUCCUGACUAAUAUGGCACUGAGCCAAGCUGAAAAAAUAUACUUGAUGAGAAUUUCCUCUUCUUAUAAUACUUACUUGAACACCAAACAUUUCCCAUUUAUCUCAUUUAAAAGUAUUAGUUACAUUGUGUCUGGAAACCACACUUUUUCUUUGGGCCGGGGGCUUAGGGGAUCAAAGCUCAGUGCCAGCAUUUAUUUUUAAACAUGGCUGGUUGUCAGUGUGUAUGGUAGUCAGUAUUUUUAUGAGAGAAUAUUUUAAAAGCACAUUCUGUACACUGCUUAUAUCUGCAUUUUAUACCACAUAUUACAUAACACUCAAAUAAUUUAGGCAUAGGAAAUCUUCAGCUUUGAAUGAAUUAAGUGUACCAGAAAUAAACCUAGGAUGAUUUUCAAAUAAGCAAAAUAAAGGAAAUUUUGUAUUUGUUCACUCUAAUUUAGUGACUUUUUAUGCUACAAAUCAAAUUGCAAUCUAUAGCAAAACAUCAAUAAAUUCAUUAUAAACCUACCUUUUGGGAAGUUAAAGAUUAAUCUAUCCCCAAAAAUGUAUUUAGUAAAAUAUUUGCCCCCGUGUCGACAGAACAUAAUAACUUUUAUCAUGUUGAAUAGGUGAGUUUUGAAAUAUUAAUAAAAAAUGUAACUUGUAUAAA